AGUACAAUACUCUCAAUGUAAACAGUUUCGCGUCGUCUCGCAAAAGUUUUGCGAGUUCUCGCAAAAAUCGGUCUUUUUUAACCCAUCAUUUUUUUUCCUCAUGGGCUCUGUAUGUUUUGGACGUUAGCCUGAACGAUUUUACAUUGGCAUGAUUAAAAGUCCCAUUGUGUUUGGGGCAGGAAGGGGGGCGGAGGAUAAAAAGGAAAAUAGCCGUUGCGAGGAACGCAAAUUUCUCGAAAAUGUUGUAUACAAAUUUACAUGUGUGUACAGAAAAUUGUAUUUUUCUUUUAUGCGUCGUGUAUUCUCUUUAGUAUUCUACAUCCGCUCCAUGACAUAUUACUUCCGGCGUAAAGGUCAUAGUUACGACAGGUCAAUGUGUCCUUCGGCACGUGUGCUGCACUAGUAACCGCCUCCAGUGCUAGCAAGAACGGCGUGUCGGUGGUUUUGGUAGUGAAAAACAAUCUACUCUGUUGUUAAACGUUUCUUAAUAUUCUACCUUGUAAUGCUUAAGUCAGUUGUUCGUGCGGCGGCGGCCGCUUUUCGCCUUCCGACCGCUACCACAUCCACGGCACGGGCUCUUCCGCUCAGCUGCCCAACACUAUACGCACCAAGCCGGGCCACUGCCAGACCCUUCACCCGGUCCCUCUGGAUGAUGAGUGGCAGCGGAGCGUCUGGGUACAGGCCAAAGCUGUUCACUUCCAAAGUGUUGAAUCCUUCGGCGUCGUGCGGAUGCGGUGGACUGCACACAGAGGGUGACAAAGCAUUUGGGCAGUUUCUCUUUGAUGAAAUCAAAGAGGAGAAAAAAAUCCAGAAAAGUGAAACCUUGCCAAAGAUGUCUGGAGGUUGGCAACUGACUUUGGACGGCACAGAGGCUCAACUAACGAAACACGCUGCUGCGGAAAAAAUUACUGUCACCUUCAAUGUCAACAACAGCAUCCUUCCCAACUUUGCAGAAGAGGCAGACGAAGGACAGCAGAAGUCAGGAGAGGAGGUGGAAAUUUUGUCAACACCCAACUUUGUUGUUGAAGUAACAAAACAGGCUGCCAAACACAGCCUGGUGAUCGACUGCCAGUUCCUGCAAGAUGAGGUACCUCACACACACGCGACGUACAUUGUAAACCGCAUGCACGGUGGCAGCACGUCAAACCUGAGCUGCUGUUUCCAGAUGGGUCACGGCGAAGGAGAGGAGAGUGACAUCUUUGGCAUCUGUGAGGUCAGCUUCCAGCCAGAGGGUGAUGAAGACUGGAAAGAGACCAGCUACACACUCACUAAAGACUCUCUGAAUGACGACCUCUAUGACCACAUGAUGGACUUUCUGGCUGACCGGGGCGUCGACAACACCUUUGCUGAUGAACUGAUGGAACUGAGCACUGCCAUCGAGCAUCAAGAGUACAUCAAAUUCCUUGAAGAUCUCAAAAGCUUUGUUAAAUGUAACUAAUAUAUUUCUAGAAGAGACACACGUCUGUCAUGUCCAGUCCACCAGUUGCAGCUGCAGCGCUGCGAGAACUUUGGGCCACUCUAAAGCAAGACUGGGGAGUGGGUCAACCACGUCGUGUUAUUUAGAUUACACAUGCUGACAAUGUUAAUGUUCAUGUCAAUGCUAGCCACUCUGGCUCUCUCCUAGUUUUGGGAGUGUUCAACUCUCUUAAACGUUUACGACCACAUCAUUCUCCCAAGAGCAAGUAAGUUAUUUAGGCAAUCAGGCAUACAGAACAACACCACAGAAUGAAAUGUCCAAUAAAAUGAUUUCAUAAUAA